AUGGCCGAGCACAUCGAUAGAGCUGAUCUCAUCAACAAUAUUCGUUAUAAUUUCGAUUAUCUUGCAAAAUUCCUCAAUUUUACUAAUGAAGACAUCAGCGCAUUGAACGCACUUGCGCCAGUUUUAUUUCCAUGUAUUCCGUCCAUUGUCGAAACCAUCUACAAGAAACUCUACUCGUUUGAUAUCACGAAGCAAUAUUUUGUUCUUCGGAACGAUAAUUUCGAGAAGUUCACCGAGCCGAACAUUGAAACCGAUCAUGCCGUAAUAUCUGCUCAAACGGAGUUUCGAAAAGAUAUGUUAACUAUGUAUUUAAAACGCGUACUAAUCCAAACCGAAUGGAACGAUGCAUUUUUGCAAUAUUUAUCUCAAAUUGGUGAAUUGCAUGGACACAACAAACACGCACCGGAAGCCAAUGUUCAUUACAUUCAUGUCAAUGUAUUACUUGGCCAUCUCGAACAUCUAAUUCUCGAAGUUAUAUGGAAAACAGAAAGUAUAGAUGCAAAUAACAAGCGUGCAAGUAUCCGAGCUAUUAAUAAAUUCUUCUGGAUACAGAACAACUUCUUUACAAUGCAUUAUGGAAUACUUUUGUCGAAGAAAGCCUCAAAAUAG